AUGGGGAAUUAUCUUCUCGCCCUUGCAGCUCUGCUGGCUACCAUAGUCGCCAGCUGCGAAUGCACGACAACAUUAACUCCCUCUGUUGUCAUCGGGCAGGGGGAGAUCCGUGGGUUCGUGCAGAACGAGACGAACGUGUUUCUGGGCAUUCCGUUUGCGGAAUCGACAGCUGGGGAGAAUCGAUGGAGGGCACCGGUGCCAGUGGCGAAUUCUGACGAUGCAUUCGAUGCGAUGCAGUAUGGGCCGACGUGUGCGCAGGCCAUGUCGGGCGAUGCCAUUGUCGCACAGGGCGAGGAUUGCUUGAAUUUGAAUAUAUGGACACCUCAAGAUGGAGAUAACCACCCCGUCUUUGUCUACAUCUAUGGUGGUGCCAUGGUGACGGGCGGGAAUAGCAACGCGCAAUGGCAGGGAUACAACUUUGCGCGUAAAGACGUGGUCUAUGUCAACGUCAACUAUCGCGAGUCGGUCUUUGCAUCGCCCAAUGCACCGGAGCUGCAGGGUGAGUCGCAGAAUUUCGGUAUUCUCGAUGUCGAACUGGCUGUGCAGUGGGUUUAUGAUAAUAUCGAGGCCUUCGGUGGUGAUCGCAAUCGCAUCGUGAUAGGAGGCCAUUCAUCCGGCUCCGUCAUGGUCGACCACUAUCUCUGGAACCAUCCAGACACUUUCAUCGCCGGUGCGAUUGAAAUGUCCGCCAAUGCGGAAUCUGGCCCAGCAUAUGCCCCAGCCGGUGUCGCAUUGGCUCAAGUAGCUCAAGAUAUCGAAGCAGCAGGCGUCACACUCGACUGCGACUCUGCCAAUCCCACGCUGGACUGUCUGCGCAAGGUCGACAUGUAUGCCAUCCAAACGAGCAACUUCAACUCGAGCACGAAUACCUGGUUCGCGCCCGUCGUGGACAACAUCACCCGGUUUGGCGAUUAUCGCGCUCGAUUUGAAAAUGGGCAGUAUCCACGCCACGUCCCUUUGAUCGUGGGUAAUUCCGACCAGGAAGGACGAUUAUUUGGCUACGUGUAUGGCAGCGAGAAUACCAACUUCAGCUCGUGGAUCAACACCUUUGACGCUGAUUUGGCGUUCGUGCCAGACGAGGAGUUGCUGAAUGCAUACAACAUCUCGGACUAUGCAUCCGUCUCGCAAAUGAGCGGUGCUUCGUACGGCGACGCCCGCUUCUUCUGCCCGACCGACUACAUGAUUGAUCUGCGCUCUGAAGCGCAACCAACAUGGGUGUAUCGCUGGUUCGGCGAUUACGACAACGUCAUCGGGAUAGAGGGCAUCGGGCCAUCACACGGAAGCGAAGUGCCCUUCUUCCACGGGGGGAAUGAGUGUUUCGAGAAGCUUUCUAAUGUGACCACGUCUGAACAAGAGCUGGCAGACUUUAUGAACGACUGGCUGGUCGCGUGGAUCCAGAAUCCAGUCGCUGGGCCCGGAUGGGAACGAGCCAGUCCGGAAGAUGGAGAGCUGGCCAAGCUGGGUGUUUCUGGGGAUGAACUGGCCAUUGAGACUGGGAGGACAGGAGAGUAUAACCAACGGUGCCAGGAGGUGUAUAAACCGCAUAUUCCUGCGUAUCCGGUAGUUCAGAAUCCUCUUGCUUAG